AUGAUUCUAUUAUCGCUGCUUGUGCUACUUGGAGUGGUUGUGUUCAUUGUGCGGCUGAACAAGAUUAUGACGCGGACUCCAGAACUGUCGUCGGGUAUAUCUAUUUACAAGGCAGAGGCAUUGACCCGAGAAUACGUUCGCAGAGUUGACGCAAAGAUUAAAGCUGAAGGGAUCGACUUUCGCAAGAAUCACCCGCCAAGGCUGAACAGAAGAUAUAUCGUUGUUGGUGGUUCCGGUCUUGUUGGAGCUCAAAUUAUCCUUGACCUCUUGGACGGCGGGACACCACCAUCAGCAAUUCGACUGGUGGACAUUCGGCCGCCCUCCCGUGACGAGUUCAGCAUCUCUGGGCGAGCAUCCCGGGUAUUGUUUGCCCAAGCGGACAUUACAUCCGACGUAUCGACGGCGGCGGCCUUUGAGACACCAUGGCCAUCAUCAGUCGCCCGCCUGCCACUAACGGUCUUCCACACGGCAGCCGUGAUCCGGCCCUAUGAGCGACAUACGCUGUUCUACACGCGCUGUUCGCGGGUCAACGUGGUCGGGACGGCAAACUCCAUCUCUGCUGCGCAGAAAGCCGGUGCCGACAUCUUCAUCUUCACCUCAAGCUCCCACGUGGCCGCCCGCGCGGUGCACUGGUUCUCGCUCCCGUGGCGCCGUCACCCACGCAACUUGAUCCAGUACCUCUCCGACAGGGACUUUUUCAAGCCGCCCAAGUCGCCGUCUGAGUUCCCGAGCAACUAUGCGCGAAGCAAGGCCGAGGCCGAGCGCGUGGUGUGUGCUGCAAACACUCCCGGCUUCCGGACGGGGUGUAUUCGUCCCGGCAAUGGCGUGUACGGCCACAGGGACGACCACAUUAUCGGGCGGAUGCUGCGGCGCGGUCGGGUGCCUACUUUUUCGGCGCCCUGGGUCCAGAGCUGGGUCGGCGCGAGGAACGUCUCGCUCGCGCAUCUGCUUCUCCAGGAGGCGCUGGUGGGUGACGCCGGCGCGGCCGUGUCCGGGAGGCCGUUUACGGUGACGGACGAGGGCCCGGCGAUGCGCUUUGAUGACCUCUAUCUCUUGCUGGAUGAGCUGAGCGUUACGGGGCUCCAGGUAGACUACCCCCCGCCGGCGGUGUUGCUGCUGGUGGCGUUUGCGAUCGAGGCCUACUGCGUGCUUUUGAAGAAGAUGCCGGCUUUGGGAAGGCUAGGGCUGAGAGAGCCGGCGGAGCCCAUGUGUCUGUUCCAACCAGGCAUUGUGGACUCGGCGGUUACACAGAUUGCUGAUGAUGGGGAUGCGAGGAGGCCGGUUGGCGAGGGAGGGUUGGGCUAUGAGGGGGUUUGUAGCACGGUUGAAGGGCUUUGUGUCUUGGUUGGCGAGUGGAAUACCUGGAUUGAGAAACAGAAGAAGCGGGACUAG